AUGGAGGAGAGGGCAGAUCUGAGUAGUGCAUACGUCAGCGUUGGGACUCGAGGCAACGAAGAGGAAGUUUCCACUUUCCAAGAGGAACAUGAGAGAGAAAGACACAGCAGAAGAAGAAGAAGGGAUGGUGACAGAGAGAAAAAGAAGAGGGACAACGGGAGGAGAAGAUCAUCUAGAGGAGGAAGAGGAGAAGAGGAGUCACACACCAGGCCGGAGAAAAGAGAGAGAAGAAAGAAAGGAAGGAGGGAUCCAGAAGCAAAGGGAAGGGAGAGGGAAGAGGAGGAGGAGCAGCCGGAAAUAAAAAGCCGAAAGACGGAAAAAACAAGGAAGAAUGGGAAAAAUGAGAAGGCUCGAAAAAUGGAGGAGGAGGAAGAGGAGGAAAGAAAUGCCAAGAGGAAAAAGAAACAUGCAAGUGCCAAAAAAGAAGAGAUGGAAGAAGAAGGAGGUAAACGUAGAGCGGAGGAGAAAGAUCGGGAAGAAAAGAGGAGGAAGACGAAGAAAGGAGAAACGAGUGAUGAAGACGACUUGAAAGAAGAAAGAGAAGAAGAGACUCUGUCUCCGGAGGAGCUGGAGGACAACGAGGCGCUGCCGGAGAGUCUGUCCCCGGAGGAGCUGGAGACACUGAAGGACGCCGUGGACGAGAAGAAGAAACUGGUCCAGGGUCUGAGGGGGAAGCCCUGGCCCAUGAAGAAGAAGCUCGUGAUGCUACGAGAGUCUCAGGAGUUCGUGGAGAAGUACGAGGGCGCGCUGGGGAAAGGGAAAGGACGGAAGCUCUACGCCUACAAGGUCCUGAUGUCCAAGAAAUGGAUGAAGUUCCAACGGGACUUUGAGAACUUUAAGACCGCCUGCAUCCCGUGGGAGAUGAAGAUCAAGGAGAUAGAAAGUCACUUUGGCUCCUCGGUGGCGUCCUACUUCAUCUUCCUGAGGUGGAUGUACGGCAUCAACCUGAUCCUGUUCUGCCUGACCUUCGGCCUCGUCAUGGUCCCGGAGGCGUUGAUGGGGCGUCCCUACGGCUCCAUCCCCAGGAAGACCGUCCCCAGGGCCGAGGCCCCCACGGCCAUGGACUUCGCCGUCUUGUGGGACUUUGGAGGUUAUGCUCAGUAUUCAGUCCUCUUCUACGGUUUCUACAACAACCAGCGUGCCAUUGGCUGGCUGAAGUUCCGCAUGCCGCUGUCCUACUUCCUGGUUGGCGUGGGGACGGUGGCCUACAGCUACAUGGUGGUCAUAAGAACGAUGGCACGCAACGCAAAUGAAUCGGGGAUCGGAGACGACAACAGCUUUAACUUCAGCUGGAAGAUGUUCACCAGCUGGGACUACCUGAUCGGAAACCCCGAGACCGCCGACAACAAGUACGCCUCCAUCACCACCAGCUUCAAGGAGGCGAUCCUGGAGGAGCAGGAGAGCCGGAAGGACGACAACAUCCACCUGACCCGCUUCCUGCGCGUGCUGGCCAACUUCCUGGUCCUGUGCUGCCUGGCAGGAAGUGGAUACCUCAUCUACUUCGUGGUGCGUCGCUCGCAGAAGUUCGCCCUCGAAGGACUGGAGACCCACACCUGGUGGGAAAGGAAUGAGGUGAACAUGGUCAUGUCCUUACUGGGGAUGUUCUGCCCCAUGCUGUUCGACGUCAUCAGCGCCCUGGAGAACUACCACCCUCGAGUCGCCCUGCAGUGGCAGCUGGGCCGCAUCUUCGCCCUCUUCUUGGGAAACCUCUACACCUUCAUCAUCGCACUCAUGGACGAGAUCAACCUCAAAGAGUUUGUCCGACUGAUCAUUUCCGACACCAUGACGACGUACAUCACGCUGCUGAUCGGCGACUUCCUGCGAGCCGUGCUCGUUCGUUUCCUCAACUACUGCUGGUGCUGGGACCUGGAGGCGGGGUUUCCGUCGUACUCGGAGUUCGACGUCAGCGGGAACGUUUUGGGUCUGAUCUUCAACCAAGGGAUGAUAUGGAUGGGGGCCUUCUACGCGCCCUGCCUGCCGGCGCUGAACCUCCUGCGGCUCCACGUGUCCAUGUACCUGCAGUGCUGGGCCGUGAUGUGCUGCAACGUGCCCCAGGAGCGCGUCUUCAAGGCCUCGGGCUCCAACAACUUCUACAUGGCCAUGCUGCUGGUCAUCCUCUUCCUGUCCACGCUGCCCGCCAUCUACACCAUCGUCACCAUCCCGCCCUCCUUCGACUGCGGACCCUUCAGUGGGAAGAACCGUAUGUUCGAUGUGAUCCAGGAGACCCUUGAGUCGGACUUCCCUGCCUGGUUUAGUAAAGUCUUCAGCUAUGCCUCUAACCCCGGACUGGUGCUACCCUUCAUAUUGCUCAUGGUACUGGCCAUUUAUUACUUGCAAUCCACAUCCAAAAGCUACAAAGAAGCUAACGUGGACCUGAAGAAAAAACUACAGACGCAAAACGAGGAGAACAAGAGGAAGAACAAGAUGGCGGCGCUGAAGGCCCAGACGGACGUGGAGGAGGCCCGGGAGACCGAGAGACAGAAGAACCACGCGUCCCUGCAACGCCGACCGGCAGAGGAGGAAGACCUCGGCUGUAGUCAGAGGAAGAACGGACGCCCUCCUCCUUCAGUUAGACACCAAGAUGGCCGCCCUCCGGCCACCAGGGCCCCCGGCCCCAGGACCCUUCACCCUGACACCCACAGGCCCGUGGGGUACCUCCCGGGGGGCGGUUUCCCCCAGCAACGGGAACCCAGAAUGCACCGCGUGCCGAGCCUGCCGAGACACUGA